GAUUCCAUAGGACGAAGUUGCAUCUAUUCUUCUUUUUCUUUAUCUCCAAUUGCUUCAAGUUUUGGGUCUUCUUUCCCGUUUCCUCAUCAGCACAAGGAAACUGUGAAGAAAAGGAAGAAUUUGGGUUUCCCACUUCUUUUUCUUGGGUACAAAUUAAAUCUUUGGUUUUCGAGUAGUGGAGCUUUUGGGUUAGUUGUCGAAGCGAAGUUAUGGCAUCCGCAUCACUUGUUGGAGGGGCUGCUCUUGGACCAGCAUUUGAAAAGGUGUUUUCGAUUUUGUACGAAACGGUUAAGGAUGUGAUAACCACAACCUGCAUGUUCGAAUCCAUCCUCGAACGCCUCAAAUCCACGAUAGAUGUUUUGGAGCCGUUGGUCAACGAGAUACGACGGUCGAACAGAGAAUUGGAUCGCCCAGAAGAGGUCAUAAAGGGGUUGAUCGAAAAGAUGGAAGAGGGCGAGAAGCUCGUGAGGGAUUACUCGAAGCUCCCCUGGUGGAAAUACCUCAUGAGAUACCGUUAUGCGAAGAAACUCAGCAAGUUGGAGGACGCGCUUUGCUUGUUCUUUGGUCUUGAACUUCCAGUCUUGAAUACGAGGAAUGUGUUGGAAACCUUGAAGGGGGUGAAUGAUAUUCGUGCGCGAAUGAAUUUGGUCGGCCUGAAUGGUGGGCUGUUGUGUGCAAUUCCUGCACCCCCUGAUUUUCCUGUUGGGUUGGAUUUUCCUUUGAAGGAGUUGAAGUUGCAGCUGCUGAAAGAUGAGGUGUCGAUGCUUGUCUUGACUGCCCCCGGAGGAUGCGGGAAGACCACAUUGGUGAAAAUGCUUUGUCACGAUAAGCAGAUUAAAGGCAUAUUUAAGGACAAUAAUAUUUUCUUUGUCCCCGUUUCAAACACUCCCAACCUGAAGGUCAUUGUACAAAAGCUAUUUCGUCAUAAGGUUGAUCAGGUGCCAGAGUUUUUCAGUGAUGAAGACGCAAUCAACCAGCUUGAGCACCUGCUCAAUCAAAUUGGACAAAAUCAUAGUACCUUUUUACCCACUCCAGCUCCCCAAAAUAAUCCUAUAUUGUUGAUCCUGGAUGAUGUCUGGUCUGGAUCAGAAUCCCUUCUUGAGAAGUUUGCUUUUCGUAUACCUAACUACAAGAUUCUAGUGACUUCAAGAACUUCAUUUCCAAGAUUUAGCUUCACAUACAAGUUAAAACCAUUAAAUGAUGAAGAUGCAAUGGUUCUCUUUCGUCACUCAGCAACCCCGCAAGAUGGGAGCUCUUACAUUCCUGGUGGAGAUACUGUCAAAAUGAUAUUGAAAUUUUGUGGGGGGUUCCCACUGGCCCUUAAAGUGAUUGGCAGCUCACUCUGUGGGAAGCCUGAAGGGGUCUGGCGCAGUAGAGUUAUGGAAUGGUCUAAUAGUGAUCAUUCUUUUCUUUCUUCUAGUACUAGUAGUGAUCUGCUUGUUUGUCUCCAAAGAAGCCUAGAUUUCAAAGAUGAUGAGAUCAUCAUCAAGAAGUGUUUCCUGGACCUAGGUUCGUUUCCUGAAGACCAAAGGAUCCCCGUCGCUGUCUUAAUUGAUAUGUGGUCAGAAUUACAUGAACUAGAUGAAGAUGGUAUCCAUGCCAUUGCCAACCUACAUGAAAUCGCCAUCCGGAAUCUGGCCAAUCUUGUGGUCACAAGGAAGAAUGUUAGUGCAGUUGACAACUGUGAAGACUUUGUCUUGCAACACGAUCUUCUUAGAGAGCUAGCUAUCCAUCAGAGCAGCCUGGAGCCAAUAGAACAAAGGAAAAGACUGAUUAUGGACAUAAGUGGAAACAAUCUUCCCAAGUGGUGGACGGAACAGAGGCAACAACCUAUCAACGCCCAGCUCUUGUCUAUCUCAACUGAUGACGUGUUCUCAUCAAGUUGGUGCAACAUUCAACCACCUAAAGUUGAGGUUUUAGUUCUGAAUUUUCAAACAAAGAAUUACAUGUUACCCGAGUUUGUGGACAAAAUGAAUAUACUAAAGGUUCUGGUUGUUACAAAUUAUGGUUUCUUUCCUGCUGAAUUAGGUAAUUUUCAGAUACUUAAGUCUGUUCCCUCUCUAAAAAAAAUCAGAUUAGAGAAGAUUUCAAUUCCUUCCCUUUGCAAGGCCCCAGUGCGAUUUACGAGUUUGAAAAAGAUAUCCCUAUUUAUGUGUAAUAUUGGUCAGGCUUUUAGAAAUUAUACUAUCCAGGUUUCAGAUAUAUUUCCAAAACUAUUAGAGAUAAACAUUGAUUAUUGUAAGGAUCUGGUUGAAAGAUCUAGAGAUGCAUUUCCAAGAUUUUGCUUUACAUAUAAAUUACAACCAUUAAAUGAUAAAGAUGCAAUGACUCUUUUUCGCCACUCAGCAUCCCUGCAGGAUGGAAGCUCUUUGAUUCGAGAUAAAGAUAUCAAAAAGAUACUGAAUGUCUGCAGGGGGUUCCCUCUGGCCCUUGAAGUGAUUGGAAGAUCACUCUGUGGGAAGUCAGCAGAGGUCUGGCAUAGUCGGGUGAAGAAAUGGUCUACUGGUCGUUCUAUCCUUAAUUCUCACAGACGUUUACUUGAUUGUCUCCAAAAGAGCCUAGAUUUCUUGGAUGAUGAGGUCAUCAAGAAGUGUUUCCUGGACCUAGGAUUGUUUCCGGAAGACCAAAGGAUCCCUGUUGCUGCCCUCAUUGAUAUGUGGGCAGAAUUAUACGAACUAGAUGAAGAUGGCAUUGAUGCCGUUGCUAACCUACAUGAACUCACUAGCCGGAAUCUGGCUAGUCUUGUGGUGGCAAGGAAAGAUACAAGUGAUCAUCUUCGUAAAUACUACAGUGAAGACUUUGUCUUACAACAUGAUCUUCUUAGAGAGCUAGCUGUCCAUCAGAGCAGCCAGGAGCCAAUAGAACAAACGAAAAGACUAAUUAUUAACAUAAGAGGAAACAAUCUUCCCAACUGGUGGACGGAGAACCGGCAACCUAUCGGCGCACACCUCUUGUCUAUCUCAACUGAUGAAAUGUUCUCAUCAAGUUGGUGCAAUAUCGAACCAUCCGCAGUUGAGGUUCUAGUUCUGAAUUUUCAAACAAAGAAUUACAAGUUACCCGAGUUUGUGGGGAAAAUGGAUAAAUUAAAGGUUCUGAUUGUCACGAAUUAUGGUUUCUUUUAUGCUGAGUUAGGUAAUUUUCAGUUACUUGAGUCUGUACCCUAUCUAGAGAAAAUCAGAUUAGAGAAGGUUUCAAUUCCUUCCCUUUGCAAGGACCCAAUACAAUUGAGAAGUUUGAAGAAGAUAUCCUUGUUUAUGUGUAAUAUAGGUCAGGCUUUUAGGAACUGUACUAUCCAGGUUUCAGAUGCAUUGCCAAAUCUAAUGGAGAUAAACGUGGACUAUUGUAAUGAUCUUGGUGAAUUGCCUGUUGGGCUUUGUGAUAUUGUUUGUCUUAAGAAACUUAGCAUCACGAAUUGUCAUAAGCUGUCUGCACUGCCUGAAGAGAUAGGAAAGCUGGAAAAUUUGGAAGUGCUAAGGCUGAAGUCCUGUACUGAUUUGCCAGAGUUGCCAGAGUCAAUCAGAAGCCUUCAUAAGUUAAGCAUUCUUGACAUAUCUGACUGCCUAAGCAUUACGAAGUUGCCAAAACACAUUGGUGAGUUGCAUAAUUUGAAAAAGCUCCACAUGGAAGGGUGCUUGAGAUUGCGUAAUCCUUUUCCACCAUCGACUAAGAAUCUUGAUCAGUUGGAGCUUGUGACAUGUGAUGAAGAAGGGGCCAAGUUAUGGAAGCCUAUCAUCCUGACCAAUCUACAGGUAGAGGUGGUUGGAAAAGAUAACAACUUGAAUUGGCUUCCCGUACAAGAUUUCUGAGAACUGUUUUUAUUUGGAAAAUGCAGAAGGUAUGAUAAAGUAUCUGUAGAAUGGUGUAAUCUGCAGAACAUGAUAUAAUUGUUGAUGAGAUUUAAUGAGUUUCUGCAGAAUAUAAUGGAAAAUUCUGCAGAAGGUUGUUAGAGAUAUUUGUUGUUCUGGUUGUGUGGUUGAUUGGGGAAUUGUGGUGAUAGUGAUCUAAUUGGUCUUGCUACUAUCUGAUGGAGAGUUGGAAGAGUUAAGAAUGGAAUGGUAACGUUGUUGAUGAGAUUCAAUGAUUUCUGGAGUUAAAAUAAAUUUCUGCAGAAGAUUGGAAAAGACAACUGAUGGAUGCAUAUUACUGCUAGUUGCCAGAUUUUUGUUUCUAAGAUUGUUUUCUGUUGCUGGUUGUACAAAGUGCAUGUAUGGCUGUAUAGGGGCUUGUUGGGAUAGUGUUUGUUACCAUCUGAGGUCUCUUUGUGUUUCAACUGCUAUGCUGAAGAGUUGUAAUUGCUUGUUUUGUUAAUGAAAAGCUUAUUUAUUAAAAGAAGAAGAAGGCAGGAUUAAGUAUA